AUGCUCGCAGAAGUCCUUUUGGUACUUGGAGGCCAUCCUUCAUCCCUCUUCGUCCCCCAUCCAUCUCAGGCAGCGGUGCCCAAGACCUACCAAGUCUCGCCCGCUCUCUGCGAAUACCUCCAUCCUGGAGAGAUCAGCUCCCUCAACUCGCUCGCAUCGCUCGCUUUCCAGUAUACCCAAGUUAAGAAAUGGGCGGCUAGCACUCUCAAGCUGGGCAGAGAGGCUGUGCUGGCAGAGAGCCUUUACUCGUCCAGAAAAGGAAGACAACGGCAGCCCGAAGACAGUGGUCUGGCAGCUCCCGAUCAGUAUCUUUCGACUCUGGCUGCUAAUACUCUCGAAGUUCUCAGCGAGUAUGAUCUUCUAAUUAUCGAUACCGAGGCUCGUAUAUUGUCAUUCGAUGCCAGCUUGGUCCAAGAUCAACAGGGUUAUGUGCCGUUGACUAUUAUUGUCGCGACCUUCGACAAGUGGAUAGCGCCUAUUGCUUCCCUCAAGCGCAUGGUGGAUCAAUUAUCGUCAACCGAACAUGGGGAUUGGACACCUGGUAAAAUCAUUGAUCUCGUCCACGAAAAGACGCAGACCGGCAAUCCGUUCUUGAAAGUCAUCUUCACAUCCCUUUCCAACUCCCUCCGCCACGUCUUCCUCACCCACCUCGUCUCGUUCAUCCUCUACGGCAUCGCCCCAACACUAUCCACCCCCACUUCUCCAGCUAUAGGUCUAGAUAUUGGUGCCGAUCCGCUUUCGCCCCAGCAUAGAGCGUUUGCUCUGAAUGAAGAGUUGCUCCCGUCUUCUAUGCAGGGCAAAACGAAAGAGAGCAUCUUGUAUGUUGGUCGGGUGGCAGCCACAUUGAAGAGGGAGGGACGAUCCCUCCCCACGCAAUUGGUCAGCGGGCUGAGAGAGCAUAUAAUGUCGGUCAAAUGGCUUGAAGAGGGGGAAGGUUUGGGUGAGGCGAUUGAAAAAGCUAGGGCUGAGGUGGGAGAAUGGUUAUGGAAACAUAUCCUGACUGGAGCGCAAGUGGCAGAUUCAAUAGAGACAUUAGGCAACUUUUUCCUCCUCCGCAAGGCAGACUACGCCAUCUCGACCAUACGCGAGAUCUCUCAGCUACGCCUCGACAAACUCAUCACCUCCAAUCCUCAUUCCUCUUCUUCUGUCAUCCGCGAGCAAGACCUUGAUUUGGCCCUGCGGCGAGCUAGUGUAGGAACGUCAGCAGGCCAGGAUGCUGGACUGGACAAGUUGAGGUAUAAGAUGGAGAAGGGGCCACUGAGGGCGAUAUUGCCUUCUUUACCGCCCAAGGUGCCGAGGAAGGGAGGGGCUGAUCGGUCAGGGGAUGGACUGCCGGACGAGAGGAGCAAUAUACGCCAGCUAUUCUCCUCUUCACUGCUCGGUACGCCCCUUACCCUCACUACCACCAUCACCUGGCCCCUCGACCUCUUCAUGACCCCGCUCGCCAUAUCAACCUACUCUGACAUUCAAUCGUACCUCACCGCAAUCCGGCACACUCAUCUUGCUGUUCUCAAUUGCUGGACUUCACUUAGCGCGGCUCAGCGCCAGAGGAGGAAAUGGACAGGCGUGACUGAAGGUGGCACACCGGAAGAAGCCGAUGCGAGGAAGUGGCUGGCCAGGACAGCCUGGGGUACAGUCCGAUUGAUGCUCUUCUUUAUCGACCAGCUUCAGAGUCAUUUCAUGACCGACAUAAUCGACGUACAGCAUAGGAGAUUAUUGGAACAGCUUGAGAUAGACAACGUGUCAUCGUCAACUCUGGAUGGCUCGUUGAGAGGUUCUAUGAGGGGUUCAGUGAGAGGGUCUGUUUCGCGAACAGCGCCAACGCCUGUUAAGAGUGCUGCCGCAUCGACCGUCGAAGGCAGGCGGCCUGCAUCUCCAUACAACACGGAAACCCAGGGGCUGCAUGACAGUCAAUCCAUACGUCCCAAUCGCGCACCACCGACACCUAGCAGAAAGCAGGGGCCGUCUUUUCUGGACUUCCUCACCCUCCGGCAAAUCCAUACCCGGCACCUCGCUUUCCUUCGAGAAGCACUCCUCAUAUCCGACGUCGGUAUUGCUACGCUUACCCGCGAUAUUCUCGACACUUGUCGCCGCUUCACCGGCCUCGUCGAGAGGUGGGGCGGGGAUGUUUUGCCAGAGCUGUUGAUGGAGGGGAUAGAAGGGGAGGAGGUAGGAAAGAUGGUGCAAGAGAGGGCGCAGGCCGUGGAAGAGAUCAACGAGGCGUUGCACGAACACUUGACCGACUUCUUUGGUGCCCUGUUGGAAACCCAGCAGCCGGGGGCGUCUGAUCCCGAUCGCUCUACUACCGGCGGCGGGUCACUCUCCCGCACCAUGAGGGUUGCCCAGAUAUCACGCAUGAUGUCUCGACAGACGAGCUUGACGGCUGCGGCGAUGAACAAUGUGAACAAGGGCGCAAAAAGCAAAGUCCAGUUGGAGAAGGAGGAGAAAGGGCUGGAGGCAGAAGCUGCCAUGGCGAGGCAUAUCGAUCAGUUGUUGCUGCGACUCGAUUUCAACGAAGUGUUGACAGCGUGGAGGCUCAAAGGGACUGAUGGGGAAUAUAUGGGGAGCGUUCUAGUCGAAGGAGGGUUGUAG